CUCACACACAGCCUCCCCUCCCUCCACCGCCGUGCCAGCCGCCCACAUCCUCUGCUCUCCACUGACCCUCUCCACUCCAGACUCCGCGCGUCGGUGUCUCCAGCCAGCCACAGCCAGUCAGUCCCGGGAGAGUGGCUGAGCAACGCACGUGUCUGGUUUACUCUGCUGCCGCUCCGCUUUGCCUUACCUCCUUUCCUCACCUCCUCAGUGCAUAGCACCCGCAGACCACACCAGACCAGCGCAAUGAAGAGUAUCAGCAGCACAGUGGCAGUAGUGGUGGUGGCGGUGGUGGUGGUGGUGGCGCGGGGUGUGGAGGGAGGCAGAGAGAAGCGAUACAUCUUUGUCAACCCCGACGCUCCCAUCACUCUAGGUUUCAUCCUUAACAUGCCCAUCUCCCUCGCCUUGCCCACUCUGGCGCCUAAGUUUGGAAGGGCGCUGGACGAGGUGGGCGGCGGGCCGGGCGAGUGGGAGACAGACGGCCUUCAGAAGCUAGCGCGCCACAGACAUCUUCGCCCGGAGCAGCUUUCAUGGGACCCCGCUUACGAUCUGCCCUUGUCACACCUCACUGCCUACUUCUCUCAUCUUGAGCUCCCCACACUACCCUGCCAGGAGCGCCUCUUGUGCGAGCUGGCAGCGGAACCAGAGACAUUUGAACCCAUUAACCAGAUCUUCAUGAAGGAGCUGAGGCAGCUGUAUGGGCCAGUGAACACCUCACAGGACUCCCUCAUGUGGCGGUAUAUGAUGGCUGUCAAGGAGGGCUUCAGGGCGCACAUUGAGGAGUGUGCUGUCAAAUAUGAGUUCUGUCCGCUGCCCGCCGACCGCAUCCUCAACAUGCCGGUACUCAAAGUGUGGCAGUACAUCGCGUCCAAACUAAACCUGCAGCUUGUCUAGGCCUGUGUGUGUGUGUGUGUGUGUGUGUGUGUGUGUGUGUGUGUGUGUGUGUGUGUACAGGCUGGGAUUUAAUGACUCCUCUAUUUAUUUAUUUGUUGAUUGUUGAUUUGUUAUUCUACUUAAGUACAUACAGUGGAAUCUUGGUUCACGAACUUGAUCCAUUCGAUGACUCAGUUCGCGAACUAAAAUCUUUGCAAACAGAAAAAUUUUUCCCAUUGAAAGAUCACAAUAUAUGUUCUGUACUGUACUUGCUUCAGCGGUGCAUAUACUGCUACAUAUUAUACACAUACAUCAGUACAUUCAUCCAAAUCAUACAGAUAGGCAGAAACACGGACGCUAUUCUCAGGUUUCGGUAAUGUUCUGUUUUCUGAUUCCACAGUAACACGCUAAAGGCUUCCUAGUGCCAUUAACAUUUUGUACCAUUUCAUGAGCCAUGAUGAAAACUAAAGUAACUCAAUAAGAGCAAAAGAGACCCAAGGAGUAAUGCUAUUGAACACAGCACGCUGCACUUGGACGAACACCGUUCCUAGUAGGCGCUCUGAAACACAUCUGAGCGUGUGCCUGCCUAGCGCCUGCUGAAGAAGUGCGCACACUUCGUGAACAGGAGCGUUCGUGCGUUGAGAUUCCACAGUAUUUAUUUAUUCAUCUGUGCCAAGCAUUAUCAGGCAAUCUACAUUUAAUUUGAGUAGAACAUCAGUGUAUGUGUUUCCUUCAUUUGGUCCUGACAUACCCAGUGAUCCACAAUACCUCAAGUUUGACUUGUGAACAGCUUAUCCUUGUCACUACAUCUCAAAAUAUUUCAGGUCCAAUAAGGAACAUUUCUGUACGUAAAUCCCUCAUAACCAUUAUGAUCACAUGUAUGUCCUCGACUCCAUGUGAAGAAAACAUAUCGAGAUUCUGAGGGUGACGGAUGAGGGAAGGACAACAAUGGUGACUGGGAAGGAUGGGGACUAAAAAUACUCAAUUGUUGUGACUGGCGAUGGCAAUGACUGUGAGGGUGAGUGAGUGACAUCAUUAUCGGCAUUAACCCCCGACUUUCAUUUGUGCUAUUAGAGUGUGCUUGGAGAAAAUGAAAUGGGCAUGAGACUUGCACACAUUUGUAAGUGUACUGGCUAGGGCAUUAAGUGGGUACCGAAAUAAUAUGAACUCUAAUACCUUUUGAUAAAUGAUAAAAACUAACAAUUUGAUAGCGGUGUGUGUGUGUGUGUGUGUGUGUGUGUGUGUGUGUGUGUGUGUGUGUGUGUGUGUGUGUGUGUGUGUGUGUGUGUGUGUGUGUGUGUGUGUGUGUGUGUGUGUCAUACCAGUAAUGAAAGUUGUAAAUGAAAAAAAAAAAAAAGGAUAGUGUAUGCCAAGUCAAAUCUGUAAACAGCGUCCACUACCACCCCAUCAUCAGUGUGACGGUGCAGACGCCUCGUGGGAGUAAAGGUGAUCUUGUAAAUAUGAGCCAACAUUAUGUAAUUCACUAUACUGAGUUUGUGAUGAUAAAUGACAAAGAUAU